UCAAUCGAGCGUGAGAGCGAUGACACGUCGCAAAGGAAACUGAGAGGUGGAGCAGCAACGGAAGACGACCUCGACGAAGAAGAGAGGCCCAUCGACAUUAAAGCAGGUUUCAGCAAACUGCAAAAUAUCUUCAAGAAGAACCCCGCAAUGACCAAGAGCUUGCAGAAGCUCGAGGGUACUGGUACGACAGUUAUUACAAAGGACGCAGCUGCUGUCCGAUCCUACAUCGCAAAGAACCCCGACAAAGUCCGCCGUCUUUCCCCGGGGGGCAAAAAGCUCCUGAUUAGCGCAAUCCUAAGCAGCGCGUUCAUCGUCGUCGCUGUCAUUCUAGCCGCCACCGUUUUUCGAGGCAAACUCGGCUAG